AUUUAAUAUUUGGUAUCUGUUUGUUUUAUAUUUGUAACCCAAUGAAAAACUUAAAUAUUCGUCAUUUAAUAAUAUCGUUAUAUAUGAAAAAAAUAUAUACUCAAUUAUCAAAUUUAUAUAAGUGUGACAUUGUUCAGUGAACCAAAUACAUAUACAUACACGUACACCAGAUUCUUAUAGGAUUUUCUUGUUUGCACUUAUCUGGAGUUUUAUUUGUUUUUAUUUACCAUUACAAUUUUAAUAAUAUUACAAUUCAUUUAAUGUAAAAAAUUUGUAGUGUGAAUAUGUAACGCAUUAUUAAUCAUAUAUUUAAGCAUAUGAACAUUAACAUUAACCUAAAGCUAGCAAGUGAUAUGUUAUUUUGAUCGGAAAUAAAAAGUAUCCGUAAUAUUUGAACAAACAUUAUGGAAAAGGAAGAAAUCUGUCAAUACUUCAAUGGCAUCAUCAAAAAUGAAAAAGAUGUUUCUGCUGGGAUGGCUGCUAUACGCACAUUACUAAAAGUUUUGCAAUAUUCAAAAUCUGAAACAGUUCAAGAACUCAGGUAUUGUCUGCAAAAUGCAAUAGAUGCGAUGAGAUCCACUGAAAAUCCUGUAACUGCUAUUGCAUCUGGCAGUGAAUUAUUCCUUCGUUUUAUAACUUUGGCUACAUUAGAUACUCCUUCAUUUGCAGAAUGCAAGGGUAUUAUGCUUCAUAGAGGGAAGAUGUUUUAUGAGAAAUUAGUAGCUGCCAGAGGAAAAGUAGCAAAAGUUGCAGCACACUUUAUUAAGGACGGUUCUAAAAUACUUACUCAUUCAAAAUCUAGAGUUGUAUUGCAAGCAAUGAAGGGAGCUGUUGAAAGUAAUAAAAUAUUUGAAGUAUAUGUAACAUGUUCUUCUCCAGAUAAUAGUGGGCAGGAAAUGUGUCAAAAUUUGACAGAUUUAGGUGUAUCUUGCACAUUAAUAUUAGAUUCUGCAAUGGGAUAUGUUAUGGAACAAGUUGAUAUGGUUAUGGUAGGAGCAGAAGGGGUCGCAGAAAGUGGAGGUGUCAUUAAUAAGGUUGGCACAUAUACAAUGGCAAUGUGUGCUAAAGAAGUGAAAAAACCAUUUUAUGUAUUAACAGAGAGUUUCAAAUUUUCAAGAAUAUAUCCAUUAAAUCAAGUCGAUCUUCCAAAUGAGUUUAAGUAUACAGCAAGCACGUUAAAAAAGGACUUGCAGAAAGAACAUCCAUUAGUUGAUUAUACACCUCCACAUUAUAUCAGCCUCUUAUUUACUGAUUUAGGUAUAUUAACACCUUCAGCUGUAAGUGAUGAACUUAUUAAAUUAUACUUGUAAAAAAUUGUAAUUUCGUACAGAUGAUUUUAAUAAAAAUAUAGAUAGAAAUAAAAAUA